AUGGUUUCAUUCUUCGAAGUCGAGGCAGAGCCAGAUGCGGAGGAAAGAGAUACAGACAAGGGAUUGGCAAAGUCACUAACACUAUUCAAUGGAGUGUCAAUUAUUGUAGGAUGCAUUAUUGGAUCGGGGAUCUUUGUCUCACCCACUGGAGUGCAAGAACGUGAGUUACCCUUUUUCCACGAUUACUAUAACGAACAGGAUCGGUGGUCGCAAAGCAAUGUUUCAAAAAGAGAACUCAAGCAAUGUAUGAUGGCACUGAAUUGUCGAAUAACCUGUGGCGAAUUUCGUUCAGUUUCUAAUUAUCACAAAACGCUUUCAAUGACCCCUGGAAGUCCACGAAUAUAUUAG